CGCCAUUCAAGCUGCCCCUGAAGCGCUGCUCCGUGGUUGGGAACGGUGGGAUCCUGAAGGGGAGCGGGUGCGGCCACCAAAUAGAUGAGGCUGACUUUGUUAUUCGGUGUAAUCUUCCUCCUCUGACCAGUGACUACACUCGUGAUGUUGGGUCGAUGACGCAUCUGGUGACCGUGAACCCGUCCAUCAUAGAUAAGAGGUUCCAGAACUUGUUGUGGUCCCGUAAAUCCUUUGUCGAGAGUCUGAAGGUCUACAAGUCCAGUUACGUCUACAUGCCGGCGUUCUCCAUGCGCCACGGUACUGAGCCGUCCCUUAGAGCCUACUACACCCUGUCCGACUUCAGCGCCAACCAGACCGUGCUGUUCGCCAACCCCAACUUCUUGAGGAACGUGGGCAAAUUCUGGAAGAACAAGGGCGUCCACUCCAAGCGCCUGUCCACCGGCCUCUUCAUGGUCAGUGCCGCCCUGAGCCUGUGUGAGGAGGUCACUGUCUAUGGCUUCUGGCCCUUCCAAAUAGACCUGAAGGGGAGACCCAUUCGCCAUCAUUACUACGACGAUGUCCCCCCGCUCAGUGGCUUCCACUCCAUGCCCGAGGAGUUCCUGCAGCUCUGGUUCCUGCACAAGUCGGGGAUCCUGAGGAUGCAGCUGGGUCAAUGCAACGUAGAGGAGUCUCAAUGAGACUGAUGGGGGCGCAGCGAGGGGAGACCUGGGUGUGUACCCUGUGAGGCGAGGAUCCCAUGAUAUGUACAUUUUGAGGCGGGGACACCCGGAUAUGUACCAUAUGACGCGGAGGAACCCUGGGUGUGUACCCUGUGUAUUGGGGACUCCCGGAUGUAUACCCUGUAAUGCAGGGAACCUCGGAUUUGUACCCUGUGAUGUGGGAACCCUUGGAUGUGUACCCUGUAACGUGGGGAGCCUCGGAUAUAAUUCUGUACCUCCUGACGCGGGGAGCCUCGGAUAUAAUUCUGUACCUUCUGACGCGGGGAGCCUCGGAUAUAAUUCUGUACCUCCUGACGCGGGGAGCCUCGGAUAUAAUUCUGUACCUUCUGACGCGGGGAGCCUCGGAUAUAAUUCUGUACCUCCUGACGCGGGGAGCCUCUGAUAUAAUUCUGUACCUCCUGACGCGGGGAGCCUCGGAUAUAAUGCUGUACCUCCUGACGCGGGGUCCCUUGGAUCUGGAUCAGUACCCUUUAUCGCAGGGACCCUCGGAUAUAAUUCUGUACCUUCUGACGCGGGGAGCCUCGGAUAUAAUUCUGUACCUCCUGACGCGGGGAGCCUCGGAUAUAAUUCUGUACCUCCUGACGCGGGGAGCUUCGGAUAUAAUGCUGUACCUCCUGACGCGGGGUCCCUUGGAUCUGGAUCAGUACCCUUUAUCGCAGGGACCCUCGGAUGUGUGCCCUUUUGUAACCUGUGAGGGUCCACACUGGAUGUAAUGACUUGUGACUAUAGUGCCAAAUCCCUGUCCUCACGAGUAAGCGCGGCCACAACUCCAGGGGAAGCAUCCGGCUUUUUUUAAGGAUUUUUUUUGGCUGCUGAUUAGAUUGUUUUAGAAAUGAAUGUAGAUUUUUUUUUUUUUUUUUUUACGAAAAAACA